AUGGUGAUGUAUGUACUUACUACGGCAGAGAACAUUGAUGGUCAAGAGCUUUCCAGUUACUCAAAAAUUGUCAAGAGCAUAUCUGAUUUUAGCUUGUUGAAAACCCAACUCAGUAAUGAGUUUGAAAUGAAAGACUUAGGUGCUGCACAGAAGAUUUUGGAGAUGGAGAUCCAUAGAGAUAGGAAAGGUGGAAGGUUGUACUUGUACCAGAUAAAGUACAUUGAGAAAGUUCUUGAGAGAUUUGGAACGUCUAAUUCCAAACCAGUAGUGAGCGUUGUUAGCAAGUACAAGGCUAAUCCGAGUAAGGUUCUUUGGCAGGUUGUGAAAUGGAUACUUAGGUAUUUGAGAAGGAUUUUGAAUUUUGGCUUAGUCUUUGAUAGAGAAACAUAUUUCAGCUCCAGGGUUGUUGGUUAUAUUGAUUAUAAUUAUGCUGGAGACUUAGAUAAGAGAAGAUCAUUGACAGGGUAUGUUUUCAUUUUGCGUGGUUCUGCUAUAAGUUGGAAAGCAACAAUGCAAUCCACUAUUGUUUUAUCAAUUACAGAAGCAAAAUAUAUGGUAGUAGCUAAAGCCAUGAAGGAAGUCAUUUGGUUGAAAGGUCUAAUCAGUGAUUUGGGACUACAAUAA